AUGACGUCCAUCCUCUCUGCUCUUCUCUGCCUCGGGCUGAGUCUGGACCAGAGGACCCGUGUGCAGGCAGGGACCCACCCCAAACCCACCAUCUGGGCCGAGCCAGGCCCUGUGAUCUUCUGGGAGAGCCCUGUGACGAUCUGGUGUCAGGGGACCCCAAGGGCUGAGGAGUACCGUCUGUAUAAAGUGGGAAGCACAGCUUCCUUGGACCAACAGAAACCACUGGAUUCUGGGGACAGAGCCAAGUUCUCCAUCACACAAAUGACAAUGCUUGAUGCAGGGAGAUAUGGCUGUUACUAUCGCAGUCCCAGUGGCCAGUCAGAGCACAGUGACACCCUGGAGCUGGUGGUGACAGUAGGAUGCUACAGCAAACCCAGCCUCUCAGCCCUGCCCAGCCCUGUCGUGACCUCAGGAGGGAACGUGACCCUCCAGUGUGGCUCAGGGCAGGGGUUUCACAGGUUCAUUCUGACUAAGGAAGGGGAUCACAGGCUCUCCUGGACCCAGGACUCAGAGCCACAGAUAAGUGGGCAGUUCCAGGCCCUGUUCACUGUGGGGCCUGUGACCCCCACACAGAGGUGGAGGUUCAGAUGCUAUGGCUGCUACAGGAACAGACCCUACGUGUGGUCACUCCCCAGUGAUGCCCUGGAGCUCCUGGUUCCAGGUGAGUCUGGCAAGCCCUCCCUCCUGAGCCAGCAGGGCCCCAUCGUGGCCUCUGGACAGAGCCUGACCCUCCAGUGUCGCUCUGAUGUCGGCUAUGACAGAUUCGCUCUGCACAAGGAGGGCAGACGGGUCCUUCCCCAGAGCCUUGUCCUGCAGCCCCAGGUUGGGCUCUCUCAGGUCCACUCCCCCCUGGACACUGUGAGCAGCUCCCACGGGGGCCGGUACAGAUGCUACGGUGGAUACAACCUCUCCUCUGAGUGGUCGGCCCCCAGUGACCCCCUGGACAUCCUGGUGGUAGAUGAGGAGCCAGUGGAGUUCUUCUUGAGUCCUGUGACCUCAGCCCACGGGGGCACCUACAGGUGCUACAGCUCAAACAGCACCUCCCCCUUCCUGCUGUCACUCCCCAGUGAGCCCCUGGAGCUCCUGUUCUCAGGACCCUCUGGAGGCCCCAGCUCCCCACCCACAGGGCCCACCUCCCCAGCUGCCUCCAAACCCCAAGACUACACAGUGGGGAAUCUCAUCCGGAUGGGCCUGGCUGGAUUGGUCCUGGUGGUCCUCGGGGUGCUGCUAUUUCAGGCUUGA